AACAAGAAAAAAAAAAGUAAGAACCUUGUCGUUUAGAAAAAAAUGGAUAAGCGUGAGACCGAUCAGCUGCAGCGGCAACAAGAGGAGAGGAAAAGCGGAAGAGAAGAGGAGAGAUCGGAGGGAAUUCCGUUGGAGAGCAGCCCGUACGUGAAUUAUAAAGACUUGGAAGAUUACAAAGACCAAGCCUAUGGAACCCAAGGCCAUCUUCAGCCUAAGCCCGGCCGUGGCGACGGCGGUGGCCCCACCGACGCUCCUACUCUCUCCGGUGACGCUGCCGCUUCGUCUGUGAUUAACCGCCAGGGAGUACCCUGAGAAGACAUGGAGAUGGCGACAUGCCGCCAUUAUUUAAUUUCUGUUGCUGUUUAUUUCCCUGUUUUUUAGGCAAGGUAAUAAAUUAAAAAUAAUUGAAAUCGGAAUGGUAUUUUCUUUCAUGUUGUUUACUUAAAAAGUUGGGGUUAUCUUGAAUCAAAACCAGGUGCGUUGUUUACCUUGAGAAA